AUGGGGGGCCCCCCUUCAUACCGCUGGCUGUCUUUGUACCCUUUGGGGGCCCCAGGGGCCCCCAAGGGGCCUCAAAGGAGGGGCCCCCUGCAACGGCUGCUGCGUUUGGGUUUGCUGCUGCUGCACCCCACGCAGCGGAGGCUGCAGCAGCAGCAGCAGCAGCAGGCUGCUGCAGCAGCAACGCUUGCUGCGCUGCAGCAGCAAAGCCGCACAUACACAGAAUCCCAAGAGGCACAGCAAGGGGCCCACCGGGCCCCCAAACUGCUGCAGCGGGGGGCCCCCAGGCAAGGGUCCCUAGAGCCUGCCCAAGGGGGGCCCCCGGGGCAGCAAGGGGGGCCCCUGCUGCUGCGAGAGGGGCCCCCGCUGCUUCAGGGGGGCCCCCCGCUGCUGCAGGAGGGGGGCCCCCUGCAGCAGGGAGGGGGUGCCCCCCUGCUGUUUGCUCAGGGGGUGUGGGGCCCCGCAAGCGAUUUGCUGCUGCUCGUGGGUCUUGGCUGCUCCUUUUGGGUUUAUGAAAUGGCUGCUGCAGUGCAGCAGCAGCAGCAGCAGCUACUAGUGCUGCAGCUGCUGCAGCAGCAGUGGCAGAGGCCACGACGCAGCAGGCGGCUGCUCCACGAACUUCGGAGGCGCAGCAGCAAACUACAGCAGCAGCAGCAGCAGCAGCAGCAGCUGCUCGAUAUGUGGGGCCUGCCAUCCUGGCCCGCCUUUGAAAUUAUGUCUCAUAUACACAAGGUCUUGGGCCGGAGACCCAAAAGUGUUCACUGGGAAGGGGCAGAGGGUUAUGCAGCAGCAGCGCUGCAGCAGCGGCCAACAGCAGCAGCAGCAGCAACAGCAGCAGACGGCGAGCCUGCUGCUGCUGCUGCUGCUGCUCCCCGUCAGUACACCUCAGCUAGCUCGCACUUCAUUUUCAUUGGGGCCCUACAGCAGCAGCAGGAGCAAGAAGAGCAGCAGCAGCAGCAAGGGCAGCAGCAGCAGCAGCACCAGGAAACUCAGCUGCUAGCCGCCACAGAUGGUACUGUCCUCCUUCAGCCCCAGGUAAUCUAA